AUUCCUCCGAGCAUUGUUACUGGGCACCGAUAGUACCUAAUACUCUUAUACUUAAUUAAACCAAUAGCUAUAUUAACAUAUAAGAUAAGAGGGUGAUGGUUUUUAACAUUUCUCUAUUAAUCCUAAUUAAUAUACUACAAAUCACUUGUCACGUGUGUCAAGAUUGACUAAAAAGCCGAUUGCGAACUUGGAAAGCCUCUUAAACAUUUUUCUUCUCUAUAUAUUUAUAUGUACCUUGAAUUUUACUAUAAUUGUCAAUCUUUCCCGAUCAAUAAGUAAAAUAAGGAUUUUAAUAUUUAUUUUAGAAAGAGAAAAAAGAAUGGUUCAUCCAAUUCCAGACAAUGUUCUGGAACUGUGGAAUGAGUGGAAUAUUAGGGCAAUCAUUUUAUUCAGUCUGGCAUUACAGGCAUUUCUGAUUGUGGCCGCUCCACUCAGAAAACGCUCCUCCAGGAAACUCAUCAUUUUCUCACUCUGGACGGCUUAUUUGCUUGCGGAUUGGGCGGCCAACUUUGCUGUAGGCCACAUUUCCAGCAAACAAACUGACAAAUCUAGUGCUGGCUCCAAAUCCAGUAACCGAGCAGACGGCAUGAUCCAGGCCUUUUGGGCCCCAUUUCUUCUUCUUCACCUUGGUGGCCCUGACACCAUUACUGCCUUUGCUCUUGAGGACAAUGAGCUCUGGCUCCGCCACUUGUUGGGUCUCGUAACUCAGGUUUUUAUGACUGCUUAUGUUUUCAUCCAAACUGUCCCGGGAAACGAUCUAUGGAUACCGACGGUCCUAAUGUUCGUCGGCGGAAUCAUCAAGUACGCCGAGCGAACUCGGGCUCUCUACAAGGCGAGCUUAAACAGUUUCCGUGAAUCUUUACUCAAAACACCAGAUCCUGGUCCGAACUACGCUAAGCUGAUGGAGGAGUACUCGUCAAAGAAAGAAGCUAGACUACCAACGGUGAUCCAGUUGAUCGCAGAGCCCGAUACAGAGUCGAGAGCCUUUAGCAAAGACGUGGCACAAGGUGACCUGAAAGAGAUUGAGAUCGUUACCUGCGCCCAUUACUACUUCAACAUCUUCAAAGGUCUAAUUGUGGACUCCAUCUUCAGCUUCAAAGAGCGCGACGAGAGCCGUGAGUUUUUCAUGAUUAGGACGGCUGUGGAUGCUUACAGAGUCAUCGAGGUUGAGCUCAACUUCAUGUACGAAGUGCUCUUCACAAAAAUCGAAGUGGUUCAUAACUUGGUCGGCUACAUAUUCCGUUUCUUAGCUUUUGGCUCUACCUUUGUCACUCUUGGACUCUUUUACGUUUUUGAUAAAGACGAUUUCAAGCCCUUUGAUGUCAAAACUACUUACAGUUUGCUUCUUGGGGCGAUUUUUCUGGAUGUUGUAGCUCUUUUUAAUCUCAUCUUUUCGGAUUGGACUGUGGUUGGAAUGGAGAAGUACCCGAGAAUAAGAAGGUCGUCGGUUUCGAGAAUGUUUGAAUGUUUCCUCAAAUUGCAGAGACCAUAUUGGCAUGAUUAUUGGGAAAGCAAUUUUGUUAAAAGGGGGCUAAGAACGGCACUAUUUCGGCGGUGGACCGAGGCGAUAACCGGCUACAAUUUCAUAACUUAUAAUCUAAGAGAACGUCCGGACGAACAAGGCAAUGAUCAACCUAACCAAAAUUGUAUCAAAUGGUCAGUAAACAAGAUCAACUUUGCCUACGGUGAAGUUUUCAAAUAUCUUAAUAAAAUUUCUGAGUUCGUCACUGAUAAUUUGGGUUUGACAACUCUUGUGGACGAUUUGAAAUACGCCAUUAGAUACAGAAUGAAUGGUGAAUUAUGGAAUUUCAUAUUUAAGGAGUUACAAGAGAAAGCAGAGGAUGCUGAAGAUCCCGAAAUCGCGAAAAGAAUCUGCGAAGCAAAAGGCUCUUAUGUUCUUCUAGAAGGUACUAAAUACAAGAACAAGGAAGAAAAGGAAAAGAUAAAGAAGUUACUUCCUUACAUAGAUGAGGUCACUUAUGAUGAGAGCCUUCUGUUAUGGCACAUUGCUACCGAACUAUGUUACCAGCAUUAUAUUAGUGAAUGUAGUGACAAAAAACUUGAUCCCAAGAAAAAUUAUAGGUAUAAUGAACACUAUCAAUUUUGUAAAGUACUUUCAGAUUACAUGCUCUAUCUAUUGGUGCUGCAACCAACAAUGAUGUCUGCCAUUGCUGGGAUUGGGCAAAUCAGGUUCCGAGACACGAGUGAGGAGGCAAAGAAGUUCUUCGUUCGGAGAGGGAAAGGGAAGGGGCAAGAGAAGGAGGCGUGCUUGGACAUUCUUGGGGUUGAUACAGAAGUGAAACCUGAGACGGUGAAAGGGGACAGGAGUAAAUCUGUUUUGUUUGAUGCUUGUAUGUUGGCCAAAGAACUUGAUAAGUUUGAUGAGAAGAUUAAGUGGGAGAUAUUGAGCAGUGUUUGGGUGGAGAUGUUGUCGUAUGCGGCUAGUCAUUGUCGUCCGGAAAGUCAUGCUCAGCAAGUUAGUAAAGGUGGGGAGCUUAUUACUUUCGUUUGGUUGCUCAUGUCUCAUCUUGGAUUGGGAGAUCAGUUUCAGAUCAAGGAGGGUCAUGCCAGAGCAAAACUCAUCGUCCAAAAGUAGCUUCAAUUAAUUAAUUUAAUACCCUAGCUAAUAUAAUAUUAAUUUGUAUUUAUGAUUUUAUUCUCAUCACAUUAAUUUCAUUUUCUCUUGUUUUUCUUUUUCCCUUGUAGUUCUUGUACCAUUUCUCUAUUUCUACGUAUUAGAGUUUUUGCAUGAAUCAAAAUAAGGAUUUUUUUUUUUUUAAUUAUUA